AUGGGUAACUGCACAGCACUCUGCUCUGGUGGAAACGACAAUAAAAAGGAAUUGAUCUAGGAAUUAUCUGGAAAGAAUGGGGUUAUCACUAAAGAAGAAAUUUAGGCUGAAUAUGAAAAAGCUAAGAAUGUGGCAAGCCUUUAAUUUGAGGGAUUAAAUGUAGAUGACUAAUUUACGAAUGUAGAUUCGAAUAAGCAAAAGUUAUCUCAGUCUGAUGAAAUAGAAGAGGAUGGGUAAAGCUAAUAAGUUUAAAGGGAAAAGAAAUCUCCAACAAUGCUUAAAAAUGGAGCAGUUUAUACUGGAGAAUGGCUUGGUGGGAAAAGAGAUGGCUAUGGAAUUCAGGAAUGGCCAGACUCCUCUAAAUAUGAGGGUUAAUGGGUAAAUGAUAGAGCAUGUGGGUAAGGAAAAAUGUAUCAUUCAGAUGGAGAUACCUAUUAAGGCGAAUGGGCAGAUGAUAAAGCUCACGGCUAAGGAAUUUAUAUUAAAUCCUGUGGUGCUAUAUUUUCAGGGGGAUGGGUGUAAGACAAAUAGCACGGCUUUGGUACAGAGAAAUGGCCUGAUGGCACUCAGUUUGAGGGCAACUUUUCGAAUGGAUAGAAGCAUGGGGAAGGAAAGAUGACAUUCUAAGAUGGAGGGUUUUAUGAGGGUUAGUUUGAAAGAAAUGAGAUCAAUGGACAAGGAAAACAUUCUUGGAAAGAUGGUAAGAUUUAUGAGGGCAGUUGGAAAAGUAACAGAAUGAAUGGAUAAGGUAGGCUGACUUGGCCAGAUGGAAAGUUUUAUGAGGGAAACUUUGUCAAUGAUAAAAAAGAAGGUUAGGGUACCUAAAAAUGGAAAGAUGGAAGAGAGUAUAGAGGUGAAUGGAAAGCUGGAAAACAGCAUGGGAUAGGUUAUUUUAGGAAGAAUGAGAAAUCAUAGGCACUUAAAGGAGAAUGGGCUGAAGGUAAAAGAAUUAAAUGGAUCAAGGAGUGA